AAAAUGACCAACACAAAGGGAAAGAGAAGAGGUACCUGCUGUAUGUUCCCUAGGCCUUUUAGAAAACAUGGAGCUGUUCCUUUGGCCACAUACAUGCGAAUCUACAAGAAAGGUGAUAUUGUGGACAUCAAGGGAAUGAGCACUGCUCAAAAAGGAAUGCCUCACAAAUGUUACUAUGGCAAAUCUGGAAGAGUCUACAUUGUUUCCCAGUAUGUUGUUGGCAUUGUUGUAAACAAACAAGUUAAGGGCAAGAUUCUUACCAAGGCAAUGAAUGUAUGUAUUGAGCAUAUUAAGCACUCAAAGAGCCAAAACAGCUUCCUGAAGUAUGUGAAGGAAAAUGAUCAGAAAAAGAAGGAAGCCAAAGAGAAAGGUACUUGGGUUCAACUGAAGCACCAGCCUGCUCCACCCAGAGAAGCCUACUUUGUGAGAACCAGUGGAAAGGAGCCUGAGCUGCUGGAACCCAUUCCCUAUGAAUUUAUGGUAUAUGUGUAA